GAUACUCUCAUUGACACAAGAGGGAGAGAAAGAGAAAGAAGUGAAGCCAGCGCUCAGCACAGCCAGCAUGGCGAGCCAAAGGGAUUUCACACACAGAAAAACAUGGAUUAAUGUCCUCCUGCGACUCUUACAGCUAUUAUUGCCCUACAUUCAACGCGGAGGAUCUCAACUUCAAGCUCUGAGUCCGAUGUCCAGCGUGGUUGAAGUUUGGCAGGCAGAAGACGCAGACUUCAUUAUACCAUCGCAGGCAGAGGAGCAGCAAAGUAAAGAGAAUGUUCCUCAAGAGGAGAGCUCUUCGUUUUAUGUGCAGGAGAGUGGGAGACAGCUCCUGUUUCAGCCGCCCACACUGGAGUUUGGACCACAGCCUGUUGGGCUGCCAAGAGCUGAAACCGUAUAUAUCCACAACCCCAGCCAGGAGCUCCCCGUCUCUCUGCUCUCAGUGUUUACAUCCAGCAGACAUUUUCACAUGCCUUCCUUUCACAGAAGGGUGAUUCCACCCAGAGGGAGGACAUCUUUAAAAGUCAUUUUCCUCCCCACAGUGGAGGGCAAUGAAGAAAUCUCUUUAUUUAUUAACACAUCAACCCAUGGGAUGAUAUCAUACCAGGUUUUUGGGGUUGGCAGCCAUGGGGGAUCUGUCAAGGACAUCCACAGAAGAGACAGCAUUCUGAUAUUUCCCCACAUACAGAGCAUUAAGCUAACACAAACUCAGGAAGAUGCCUCUAAUAUAACCAUUUUAGGUCUGCUGCUUGAUUGCAAUUUACCGAAAAUAUUCUACAAUCAGCCCCAGAGUGGGUGUUUAGUAUCUGAGGAAGGCGAAAUUGCACUUCAGAUCAGUCUUUCUGAGAGAGGCGAAAGGCCUACCCAUCUGGACAAACUCAAGCCCUAUGUGCUGGAGAACAUUAUGGUUCUGCUGGUCCUCCCACCACCAGGAGAUUCUGUCUCAGAUCCCAGAAUAAGAGUGUACAUGUUGAACUCAGGGGUUAAAAAGCUCUUUGUUAAGGAGAUGCAGCUCUUGUCAAGGACAGACAGCAGCAUAGAACUGAAUGAAGUGCUGCUCAAGCCUUCGGCUACAAACUUCACACAAGUGGCUUCACUGUUCUGUAGACGGUCUUUGUCAGCUAAAAGUAAAAGGUGUACCAGUCAGUUUGGCCUGCAGAUAUUAGCAGACAGAACAGUGAAUUUGUAUCCACUGUUGGACUCCACACACAGGUGGUGGGACUCUGAACUGAGUUCUUUGGUUCAGGUCCGACUGAAGCAAAGAGGUUCAGAGCAUGUGGAGCUUUGGCUGUCCAACCCUCUCCCCAUUCCCUUCAGAAUCACUAACAUAUCCUUGUCCCAACAUAUGCACAAACUCUUCAAGAUGGCCAAUUUUACAAAGUCCCUGGAUGUGAGGUCAGGUUGCUGGAAGCUCCUGUCUCUUCAGCUACUUAACAGAUCUUUACCCAUCAACCCCAGGACCACGGUUACCCUGAAAACCAGUGUGGGACUCUCACUGAAGCUUCACCUCCAUAUGUACUCCACUGCUUCAAAGCAUGGAGAUGUUAUGUUUGAGUCUGCUGAGGAGUGUGAACAGCUCUGUCCUCUCCGUAUGUCCAGAGCAGGACGUACAGAGUGGCAGGAAACUCUUCUCCCAGAAUCAUCCUCUUCUCUCUGGAGAGUGGACAGCAGUCUGGCCUCCUCACUGUGUAGCCGUUGGCACUGUAGCAAAGAGCUGUCCUGCAGAUGGCCCAGACUUCCUGCAGACCACUCUUCACCUCUCAACUUUGGAGCCACACCUGUCAACGAUAGUAAGGUUCAAAAUUUCACUCUGAAAAACCCGACCGGUUCAGUGGUUUCUGUGGAGAUCAGAAUCCUGUCCUCAUACCCGGCUCCACUUGAAGCCCUAGACAUGCUGACCAAAUGGUUUAAUAUUAGCCCGCUGUCCGUGAAUAUCACUACAACAGAAUUUUCGCUGUUGGCUGCUGACCAUAAGGAAAGUGAGAGAGGCGGUGUGCUGAGAUUCCUCCUCCAUCCGUGGGAGUCAAAGACGGUUUCAGUUGCAUACCGACCCACAGAACACAAGCCUGUUACUUCACUGCUCCUGAUCAGGAACAAUCUGACAGUAUUUGACAUGGUUCUGGUUAAAGGGUUUGGGGCUAAGGAGCUUCUGAGGGUGGGGGGAAAGCUCCCCGGGCCUGCAUCCUCACUGCGUUUCAACGUACCCCAGUCUACUCUCAAGGAAUGCAGAGAUGGUUUGAGAUCAAGUAAGCCGUUGUUUGCCAUCCAAAAGAGUUUUAAAGUGGAGAAUGCAGGCGAGUUGCCGCUGACUGUAGUAUCCAUGAACAUUAAUGGAUAUCAAUGUCAGGGUUACGGCUUUGAGGUGCAGCAAUGCAGAUCAUUCAGAGUGGACUACAACUCCUCCUCAGAAAUCACAAUUGCAUUUACACCAGACUUCACAUCUUCAUGGGUUAUCAGAGACUUGACUCUGGUAACAGAGCGUGGUUCCUCCUUUCACUUCACCCUCAAUGUGACUCUGCCUCACCACAUGCUGCCCCUGUGUGCUCAGGUGGUGCCAGGCCCCAGUUGGGAGGAGUCCUUCUGGGUCAUCACACUGGUCUUUACCUGUUCCUCUCUUGCUGGUGUGUGUCUGAUGGCUUUCAGUCAAGCUCAGCACAUUAUAAGUGAGUUCUUAACACCCAAUGCCCGAACCAAUCACAACUCUGUACCACGUGAAAACAGCAGUGUCAACCACAGCGCCUCAAACGGUGUCAGUAGAGGAAAAGUUAGUUGUAAGAACUUCACUGAUGCAUCUGACAAAGGCAAGGGACGGGGCUCUCCAGCCAUGGCAAAUGGGACAGUUCGGUCACAGUCCUCAUCCAAGAAAAGUUCCGGAGGUGCUUCGCAGCCUCCGAAGAAGCAAACUAAAGUGUCAUUCCUCUAUGGUAGAUACAAAAGUAGCCCUGCAGCUGCUGCUGCUAGUGCUUCCACUAACACUACCUUUUUCAACCCUUCCACCGACGAAGAGGGAGAUCGUACCUUUGAGUUGGAUCCAGAGGUUUGUAAUAACAACAAUAACAACAACGACGUAUUAGAUGAAACCCUACUUCUUUCUGAGAAGAAAGAGCACUUUAGAGAAUCCAAGGAGGACAAGGCAUUGCCUGCUGAUAUGUUUCCCAUGGAAACACUUUCUGGAUUACCUGAAAACAUCACAGCAUGUAACAUCUCUCAGCCUGCAGAUGAAGUGGUCGAGAACGAGUGUAAAAGAAAAAGCAAUGCCGAAAAAAGGGAUAACGUAAAUGAAGAGAAUAUAGAGAGUGGCAGCACUCAGAAGAAGAGGCCAGAGAAAGAUGCAGAACUUGGAGUGUCUGCCACCAACACCAAAGGAAAGAAAAACUCAGGCAGGAGUCGUAGGAAGGCAGCUGAACUCAUUCCUGGGCCUCCUGAAAACAGCAUUGUCAUGGUGACAGAGAGUGAGAGAGAACCUGAGUGCAUAGACUCUCGUAAUGCUGCUAGAAUCUGCAACACGAAACCUGAGCAACCCAAAAUAAGACCCAACCCAGACAGCCCUCUCAAACACAGUUCCGCCACGUCUUUGUGCAGACCGAGGCGCAAGUGUCCAGAGCGACGUCUGCAGUGGGAGUCCGGUUCUGAUUCAAGCAGUUCAUCAGGCAGCGUUAGGGCCAGCCGAGGCUCCUGGGGCAGCUGGAGCAGCGCUAGCAGCAUAGAGGGAGAAAAGGAUCCAAACAAACAUCCCAGCAGGAAAAGAGACAACAUCCAUUACAACCCAUAUCCAACAGAUCGUGAAUGUUACCUGAACAUGAACUGUACUUACAAAACUCAAAGCAUGAACAAUCUUUAUGUCAGGGAACCGUGCCGAAGCCCAGAGGGCUGUCCUGCCCCUGCACUCCCUCACAGCUUCGCAGAUGUAGCUGGAGGUGUUGAUAAAAACAUUGAUAUGGUUGGCUCUAAUGUGAUAGAAGAGACAUGGUCGGCCCCCUCAGUUCCUCUGACCAAUGAAUUCAGGUACAACAUGACCGAAUCCCUCGCUUUCGUCCCCCAGAGUCCCUCAUCUGGUUAUAAUGGAAGCUUCCCUUGGAACAACAUGAACCGCCAGUGCACAAGUCAAUAUCCCUAUAAUCCUCAGACAAAGUACUUACCACCUGGGAAUGGCAAUUACCAAAAUAAAUUCUCAUGCCAUGAAAGCCAAACCAUGACCCACAGUCAUCAACAUGUCUGGGGUGAGAAUGGAGCACAUGACAUGAACUCCACUUGGGACACUGGCAGUUGUAUGGGCAGCAAGCCAUACUUUCCAGGAACCAGAAGUCUCUCACCCAUGUCCAGUCUAUUCGGCUCUAUCUGGACACCCCAAAGCGAGCCUCACCAGAGCCAUUUCCACCCAGCACCUGUCUCGCCCCACUUACCAGUCUCUCCCGUUGCACCUUUCAGUCGUGAACCAGGCGGCGCCUGCCCGGGAAAACAGUACUCCAGCUUCAAUCCCUUUGGACCACACAUGAAUUUGGACAUUUGGAACUCCUCUUCAAACCGUAGCUCCAACUCUCAGCUUUCCAACGAUUCAGGCUACUGCGGGGAUAUGUGAGGGAACCGAGCAAAAGUGGUGCUUUUGAAAAAUGAGGGGAAAAAAGAAUGUGCUUUUAUCUCUAAUGGGGGAAAUGUGAAUAUUCUUCUUUCUUUUAUGUUUGUUGUUGUGGGUUCAGCAUUUUGUUGUAUAUUUUUCUAGAUGUUUUGCAAGUUUGACCAUUGAAAAUAAUAAAAAAAAAAAGUUUUGUA